GCACAGGAGACCAGCGCGCCAGCGGAACGCGAAAGCCCGGGCCCCCAAUUAGGCAAUCACAAUCCCCUUUCCCCUCGCCGCCGCCUCGCCUUCCGCCUUUUCUCGAGCUCUUCCACCCGCCGAUUCACUCAGCUCUAGCGAUCGCGCCUCCAACCUCCCCUAAUCCCCUCGCGCCCAGGGAGGAGGCCGGGUCGCGGCGAGCGACGAUUCCCUCCGAUUCCUCGCCUCCCAGAAGUUCCGAACCGCUCAUGAUGGCUAUGCAGCAGCAGCAGCAGCAGCACGCGGGGUCGGCGUCCGGGUCGGCGUCCGGGUCGGCGUCGAGCUCCAGCUCGGGGCUGCACCUUCUCGCCUCGCCCUCGUCCUUCGGGGACACCACCCACACCAAGGUUUUCGUGGGCGGGCUCGCCUGGGAGACCAACAGCGACAGGCUCCGGCGCUUCUACGAGCGCUUCGGGGACAUUCUCGAGGCCGUCGUCAUCACCGACCGCCACUCUGGCCGCUCCAAGGGAUACGGAUUCGUGACAUUCCGUGAAGCCGAUUCCGCGAGGAAGGCCUGCGAGGACCCCACGCCGGUGAUCGACGGCAGGCGGGCCAAUUGUAACCUGGCUUCGUUGGGUCGAGCCCAGCAUCCCGUGCCUCCUGGUAAUGGGCGGCCAAGAUCAGCUGGGUCCUACUUUGGUGUCCCAGUUCCAAGGGCCUUUUAUUUAGGGGGUUAUGGCCACCGACCGUUUCCACUUGGGUACUACCAAGGAUUUCCAGUUCCCCAGUACAGUUACCCUUCAUAUGGAACCGAAUACAUCUAUCCACAGGGUACAUUAAACCCAUAUUCUGGUCAGCAAUAUCUUCCUAUUUAUGGAGUCUCAGCUGCAGCAAACACUGGCAACCAAACAUUUAGCCAGUUGAGUCCAUCCAUUUCUGGUGGGGGCAAUGGUUAUUUGUCGGUUCAUAGUUACAACAUGCCUGGAAAUCAAUAUGUGCAGCUCACUGGAUCAAACUUCAGCAGUGCAUCACCAACAGCUCGACCUUCCAUUCAGACUCCUUUUCUAGUAGCAACACCGGUUCCCGCACAUCCACACCUAAUAAUUCCAGCCCCCUCACCCCAGUUUACACAAGCUAGUGGUUCAGACCAAAGAGCAAGCUGAACUGUGCAUCCAAGCAUUUGUACCUUGAGGUACCCUUAGAUUGCAGCAGGACUAAAAAGAGCAGUGUUGCUGUAUUCACAGCAUUUGUUCUUGCCUGGCAAGAAAUCAUCCUUGCAUUCAUAAGGUUGUCGUUAUCAUGGUCAACAGAUGUACCUGGAAAUCGUGAAGUUGCCCCUAUGGAUGGGGCAAGUGAUCCAAGAGCAAUGGUUGUUCUUGCAGUUUCGCUCAGUUUAAAUCGUGUGCGUGAUGGAGCAUGAAGCCACAGAUGCAGCCUUAUUGAUCCUGUAUCUGACAGGCUCAUGGAAAUGUAGCUUAUGCUGGAAUGGAGUCCAGCAUAUGUAAGAUGGAUUAAUCCAAUGGGGAUUAGCCAUCAUGGUCUCAUGGCCUUCAGGUGAUGAUUGUUCAUCUGAAACUUAUGUAGUUAGUGUGCGGUCCUAGUCCCAACUCCCUAGUCACCGCCCACAGGUCUGAUGCCCAAGAAGUGUAUCCAGUUCUGUACAAGCCUGCAAUCAUCAUCGUGAUGUCUGCAUUCAUCAGCCUUUGGACCUAACUCUGGAGGACCCAGUUAUGCUCCUUUCCUGAGAGUUCCCAAGAAGUGUAUCCAGUUCUGUACAAGUAUGCAGUCAUCAUCGUCUUGUUUACACUACUGGUUGUAGCCAGUUAUGGUCAUUCGUCUGUACCAUUUUUUUAGUGUUGUAUGUCCUAGCCUCCCAAUUAAGGUGUGAUUUAGCUGUAUACUGCCCUCUCUGUGUUUGGUGGUUCCAAGCAUAGAGCAGUUCUCUCGUACUUUAAAAUAAAGCCAUGGAAUGGGAAACCAUGGUGCUGGUACAAAUGAUUGUGUACUAAACUCUUAAUGUA